UUCCAUCGCCCACCGAUGUCAAUUAGCACAGCAUUCAGCGCCACUGCCGCUAUAUAUAGCACCAGAAAUUCAAGAAUUUUCUUCAAGAGGUUGCAAACAAAUCGCUCCCAAUAUUAUCCUCGCAUCAAUCACAAUUCUGCUCAUUACAUCACACCCAAUUCUCGCAAAGUCUCGAUCUUUUCUUCAUUCCAUACUAGAAUUUCAGACAGAAGCAGCUCUCGUUGCAAGACUUUUGCUGGGGUUGCGUUGAAGGCGGAGGCUGCAAUGACGGUGGCGGCGGCGCCGAUUUGCGUUGAAGACGGUUCCCUAUUGGUGAAUGGGAAGGUGGUGUUGGAGGGUGUCCCUCAAAACGUCGCCGUUUAUCCUGUGAUUGAUGGGUUGUCUUCUUCUUCUGCUGCUUUUAUUGGUGCUAGCUCGAGUGAACCUAGCUCAAGACAUGUUUUUAGUCUUGGUGUUCUUCGAGAAUGUAGGUUUAUGUGCCUCUUCAGGCACAAGAUUUGGUGGAUGAUACCUCGGUUUGGGAGUUCGGCUAGUGAUAUUCGAAUGGAAACACAGAUGUUGUUGUUGGAAGUGAGGGAAGAGUCUGCAGUUCAAGAUGAUGAUAGUACUUUGGUACAGUCAACUGAUAACAACACUUCCUAUGUGUUGUUUUUGCCUGUUUUAGAAGGGCAAUUUAGAGCAACAUUGCAAGGAAACUCGGCUAAUGAGCUCGAAUUCUGUGUUGAAAGUGGAGACGCUCAUGUACAGACCACUCAUGUUUCAGAGGCUAUCUUUGUGAAGUCGGGGAGCAACCCGUUUGAGCUCAUACGCGAUUCUUUAAGGAUUCUUGAGAGUCAUAAAGGUACCUUCACUCGUAUAGAACACAAAAAGAAACCCACACAUUUGGAUUGGUUUGGUUGGUGUACUUGGGAUGCUUUCUAUAGAGACGUUACUCCUCGUGGGAUUAGAGAAGGUCUUGAAAGCUUGCUCGAAGGAGGUUGCCCGCCUAAAUUUAUAAUCAUAGACGACGGAUGGCAAGAUACAUUUGACGAGUUCCAGAAGGAAGGAGAGCCUUGUGCUGAAGGGACACAAUUCGCCAUUAGAUUAGCCGGUCUCAAGGAAAGCUCCAAGUUCAUGGAGUCGGGUGCAGAUAUGUCAUGCCACGAUCUGCAUGACUUUGUCAAGUUCAUCAAAGAGAAUCACGGCUUGAAAUAUGUGUAUGUUUGGCAUGCGUUGGUAGGUUACUGGGGAGGGCUUCUCCCGUCUUCUGAGAAAAUGAAGAAGUACAACCCAAAGCUCGUGUACCCAAUACAGUCUCCCGGCGAUGUUGGAAACACGCGUGAUAUAGCAAUGGACUACUUAGAGAAAUAUGGAGUUGGCCUCAUUGAUCCUGAGAAAGUCUAUGAUUUCUAUAAUGAUCUCCAUAGCUAUCUUUCUAGCAGUGGUGUCGAUGGCGUAAAAGUAGAUAUCCAGAAUCUGAUAGAGACGAUGGGGGCGGGCCAUGGUGGGCGAGUCGCCCUCACGAGAAAAUACCAAAUGGCACUCGAGGAGUCCGUUGCUAGAAAUUUCCAAGAGAAUAACCUGAUAUGCUGUAUGAGCCUCAACUCCGAUUCCAUUUACAGCUCAAAGAGAAGUGCUACUGUACGAGCAUCGGAGGAUUUCAUGCCACGAGAACCUACAUUUCAAACGUUGCACAUUGCUUCUGUGGCUUUCAACAGCCUUCUGCUCGGGGAGAUCAUGGUUCCCGAUUGGGACAUGUUUCAGAGCCAUCACUACACAGCAGAAUUCCAUGGUGCAGCAAGGGCUGUGGGUGGAUGUCCGGUGUAUGUGAGUGAUAAACCGGGAAACCACGACUUCAAACUACUCAAGAAGUUGGUAUUGCCCGAUGGCUCGAUACUGAGGGGUAGAUACGCUGGGCGGCCUACCCGUGAUUGCUUAUUUGUAGAUACAGUAAUGGAUGGAAAAAGCUUACUGAAAAUUUGGAACUUGAAUAAGUUAACUGGAGUAGUUGGCGUCUUCAACUGCCAAGGAGCCGGAUGUUGGUCGUUGAGAGAUGCAGAGCAACAGGAUCCUAAGCCUAUAUCCUUGUCAGGUAGUGUAAGUCCUCGGGAUCUUGAGUUUCUCGAAGAAAUUACUGACGAGAGAUGGAACGGGGACUGUGCCAUCUAUUCUUUCCACACCGGAUCGUUGUCACGACUGCCGCGAGAAGGAAGUCAGCAAGUAACACUGUCAACUCUUGAAUGUGAAGUAUUCACAAUCUCACCUAUACAUGCUGUGAAUGACACACUCGAUUUUUCCCCAAUUGGAUUGGUUGAUAUGUUCAACUCCGGAGGUGCAACGGAGGGCUUGAGUUUUAGCAACGAUGAACCCUCCAUAAGGAUAGAAGCACGCGGGUGUGGCCGUUUUGGGGCGUACUGCAGCAAGAAACCAACCCGUUGCACAGUCGACAGGGAUGAGGUGGAGUUCGAAUAUGAUCCAGAUAACGGAUUGCUGAUAGUUAAACUUGAAGGUGAAUGCAGAAUCAAGAACAUCAACAUUUACUAUUAGUUUUUGAGUGUUUUUUUUUUGGCAAAAUAAGUAUUGCAAUAGCAUGUUGCAAGAGAAUGUAUAUUUGAAUUGCCCUUGAUGUUUGAUUUUACAAUUGUAUUAUGUAAUCUUGUAAUCUUGUUCUACAUUUUCAAGCUUUUAAGGGGUGAGUGACUCAUUUCUAAUA